AUGCCCCCUUGCGGCAAUUGCUGCAUCUGUGCUUCGCCGCCUCCUCCAGCCAAGGCCUUCGGUGUGAGGGGCCGUGGCGGCUGUGGCCGAAGGAGUUAUGGAGGCUGGGCGCACCGGCACCAUCUAUGGAAAGGCGUGCCGCUGCUGCAAGCGACACCGCCGACGUGCUCAAGGCGACAGCGCUGGAGUCGUGCACUGGAGCUCUUCCAUGGAUUGCCGAAGAGCCGCCUCCAGCCGAACGUGCGAAGCUAUGGGGCCGCCAUGGGCGCCCUGCGCUUGCACUGGGAGUCAGCGCUGCUCCUUCUGGGGCACCUUUCCUCCGCGGAUGUGGAAGGCAACAUCAUCCUCGCCUCUGCGGCCAGUACGGCCUGUGAGCAGGGACAGACCUGGCGGCUUGCUGUCAAUGUGCUGGCGAGCGUGCGGCAGAGAUCUGUGCAGCUGGAUGCCCGCCGCCCGGUCGGAUCCUGGGCGUCGGCUCUCUUCGGCUGUGCAGCCUUGCGCGAGGAGGCCUUGGACGUCAACGUGAUUGUGCUCAACACCGCCUUGGCCUGCUCUCGGUGGGCUUUGGGCCUCGGGGCGCUGUGCUGGGCUGGCCAAGGCUCACUGCAAGUGGAUCGGAUUUCCUUCAACUCUCUGAUCGGCAGCUGUCAGAAUGGAUCCUGGCAAGCCGCUGCGGAUCUUGCAACUGAUCUUCGGGGUCGAGGACUCCGAGGCAAUCGAAUCACCUCGAACGCAGUUCUCGCAUCGCUGUCUGCUGCCAUGUGCUGGCAGCUGGCAUUGUGUGCUUUUGAAGAUGUGCCAGGCCAAAGGCAGCAGCUGAUGGGUGCUGCGCUGCAGGCGUGCGAGCAAGGCGCGCAGUGGCAGGCGGCGCUGUCUUUGCUCGGCACGCCAGAAGAUGUGACAACCUGCACCGCCGCCAUGGGUGCUUGCGCGGCCGCCCAGCGUUGGGACGUGUCCUUGGCACUACUCGAAUCUGCGGCGUCGGCAAAGGUUGGCCUGGAUGCGGUGGCUCUGAAUGCCGCGAUUGCCGCAUCGGCCCAGGGCGUGCAGUGGGUGGUUGCCCUUGACAUGUGGGCCUCUUUCCCUGGCCGGCAACUCCGGCCGUCCGCCGCCACGCACGGUGCCGCGCUGGAUGCUCUUGGCAAGGGCCGUCAGUGGCAGCGUGCCCUGCACCUCCUCCGCAACGUGGCGGCGGCGAGGGGACCCCUCUCCACCGUGGCGUACAAUGCUGCCCUCAGUGCCUGCGAAGGGGCAGACCGCUGGGAGGCUGCCUUGGCUUUGUUCGCUGAGCUUCCGCGGCAGGCACUACGUCUCAGCAUCAUCACCUGCAACGCUGCAGCCAGUGCGUGCGCUGAAGGACAUCUUUGGCAGGCUGCUCUGGCACUUCUCCAGGGCUGCCAGGCAGACUCGUUGGAAAGCAGCUUGGUCACUCACAAUGCUUGCAUCAGUGCGUGCCAGCGAGCGGCUCACUGGCCGGGAGCUGUGGCCUUGCUACGCGGGCUGGCCGUGCAUGGCCUCGAAGGCGACCUGCUGUCUUUCAGUGGCGCCUUAGCUGCCAGCAGUCGCCACUGGCCGACUUCGCUCUCGCUUCUCUCCGAUGCGUCCGCCGCCAAUCUCGAGGUUGACGUCCUUGCCUAUGCCGCUGCCUUGAACGCAUUGGAGGCCUCGACGCGAUCGUUGCCACUCUUGGACAUGCUGUCGAGGCUGGAAAGUCGCGGACUUUCUGGCAGCCGCUGGCUCCGAUCAAGCACGCGCUGA